AUGGACCGUACCCAAGUGGUCACCGAGAGCAUCAGAGAUGACGAGAUCAUCGACAAGAAGAGGAGGGCUGCCGUCGUCAAAUUCAGGCCCGUCCCAUACGAGACCAUCUCACUCACGUUCCCACUCUCGGAACUUUUCAGUUUCUUCUUCCCCUUCGCUUUCUAUUUCACUUUCACACAAUUCCAUGAACGAUAUGCCAUCUCUUUCUUCUUCUAUUUCUUCACAAUCAUUGGGUUCCAUCAACAACAAGCGACCAAACUCGCAUCAUCUGACGAAAACAUUAACCUUGGGGACAAGGAUUCUGUCAGGAGACGCGCACUUUGGGCUCUUGAAGGCAAGACCGACCUCCGUCCCUUCUCCAAGGUCGAGAUUCCGGAACUCAAUACCCCAGAAAUUGAGAGGCGGAUGGCUGAUUUUCCGAGCAAGCCGUCUUUCCCUCCUGGCUUUGGGAGCGGCUUCGGCACUGGCCUUAAUGCAGUCGCUGGCAAGCGCGAAUCUUUUGGUAAACACUUCGUGUCCUCUUCUAGCAAGGACCAAUUGCAUACCCUCAUAGAAGAGGAGGAAGAAGAGGAGGAGCGAGAGGAGGAGCAGUACUUUCCUCCGACUCCUGCUUCCAUCAAGGCACUCAACAACGCCGCUGUUUCCCAGCUUGAGAUAACCACGCCAUCUCCUUCACCUGCUCGUCACCGCCCUAUGGGGCUCAGUCUUCGUCCUCUGUCACUCACACCAGAGUCCUUGAUAUCUGCUGUCAACGGCGACUUGCCUACUCCCUCUUACACACCAAGCCCGAAGCCUUCUGGAUUAAAGUCAUUGACUCUUUCAUCUUCACCUAGCCUGAAUUCUUUAUCCUCUAUGAACGAAAAUACCAUCACGAAUAUUUCUACGACCGUCACCAGGCGUCAGUCUUUGACAUCGUCCCCUAUCACCGGGCCCUCCACUACUUUUUCUCGUCGCUCUUCGUUGAAUUUUCGGACCGACAGCCUUUCAUCAAUGUCAUCCGUCGAAGCACCAGAGCCUCUCAAGAGACGAAGCAGCAUUGGAUACAAGCCUUCCCUUCAUACCCAUAUUGUCGCCGGACUUCCUACUCCUGACCUGACGCCCACUUCCGAUCGCCGGGCAUCGACAGAUUCCGAGAGCGAUUGGGUGCCUCGCCCACUCUCUGGCAACGAGCACCAAUUUCUCUACAAAUCCCAACAGGCCCUGUUGGCUCGCAUCACGGAUCUGGAACGCGUCCUGUCUAAUCGACCCCGCUCACGUCCUUUAUCAUCAGCAUCCGAUGUAUCUGCUCGAAGCUCUUUUUUUGGCACAUCGGAGCCCAGUGACGAGAUGCUGCAACUCAUUACAGAUCUCAAAGCUGAGCGCGACGAGCUGAAAAGGGAUGUCGAUGGGUGGAGAACGCGUGUCGCGGACAUGGACAAGCAGAUAGCCUUAUUAGCCCGGAGAGUGGAUCAGGAAAGGAGGGAAGCCUGGGUUGCUCGUGAGCGACUCGGGUUGGUAGAAGUCGAGAAGCGAGCGAUCGCGAAGCUUGCAGAAGAGAAAGCGACAAAGGCUGACGAGGCGCUUGGGGAGCGUGACGCUUUAAGGGUAGAAUUCGCCAAGUUGCAAGGGGAUAUCGAGAGGGGCAAGCAAGCGGAGGAGGAAGUUACUCGUUUGAAGGCCGAGUUGGCACAGGAGAGAUCGAGAAGAGAGGAAGUCGAAAGGGAGUUGGAGAGUGCUGGGUUACUCGCCACCCCUACACCGCCCAAAUAUGAGGUACCGUCUCAGCAGGCACCCUUUAUCCGCCGCAGAGGCCUUGGUCUCAGCUCUAUCGACUCUGAAAGCUCGUUCACUGAUGUUGAGUCUGUGGACGGAAUUUACGGGAAGGCUGGUGUAGAGUUGAAGGCAGUGGUAGAGGAGGAUGAAGACAGUCAAGUCUAUUUCGACGAGGAGGACGGAUUGGCUGGAUACGAAGACGAAGAGGAUUCUGACAUGAGUUUCGCGUCCCCCGGCGGCUCUUCCCUCGGUUCCGUCCACGACUUUACCCGUUCGAGCAGCCGCCCUCGGCUCGGUAUCCCAACAGAUGCUCCUCUAUCCGGCUCUGUCUCGCCCGACCAUUCAAAUUCCUCAUCUCCAUCUCAUGACCGUCAUUCAUCACUCUCGAAGGCUUGGUCUUUCCCAGCCAAGGGCACAGCCCCCACUCCUUUCGCUCGCCAGCUCGAAGAAGUCGAUCGUUUCUUUGGCUGCUUAGAGGACUUGGACGACUCUCCACCUAGUGACUAUGGCUCUCGGAGCCCAUUUGCUAAGGGGUUCUCGUUCGAUACAUCAGACGAUGACGAGCUCCCACCAUUCGUCCUCCCAGCUGACGUGGGGGUUGAAGUCGUUGAGGAGCCAGUGAAAGGUUUAUUGGAUGUCGUAGUGGAGGAGGAAGAACCCGAAGAGGAAGGCUAUCUCGAGGAAGACAGUGAAAUACUAGGCGAAGAGGUCGAUGGUGGCAUAAGGUUCACUUUCACAAUCCCCCCACAAUUUGAUUCGCCGGCAUCGACAGAAUAUGUUAAGACUCCUUCUCCUCCUCCUCACAGGAAGCCCGUUCCAUUCUAUGAACUGUCCAGCGACGAGGAUUCGUUUUCCUUGCCGCAGUCAUUGUUCACGUCUCCUGUCAGUGAGCACGUUAAGCUCGAGACACCUUCUUGUCAGUCUCCCACUAGGCAAGGGAAGCGGUCUCCUUCUUCCAUCCCUCGUGCAACGUCUCUCAAACGCUUUGACAUGCCCACAAAGUUGCCUGCUCCUGUUUUUACGACAUCCGACCAAAUCUCCUUCGUCACUCCUCCUUCCCAGCGUGGCGGAGCUAGGCCCUCUUUUAUACCUCAGCCUUCUGCUUCCCCUCUGCUCGUAUCAAAACAAAAUGUCCUUUCGCCUCCUACUUUUGUUCCUCAACCACAGCGCCAAAUUCACGCCGCCUCCAGGAUCCCUACGAACAGUGGGAAACCCCCCAAUGGUCUGAUCUCUCAGCACAGAUUUCCAUUGAAUCCUGCGAAGCUGUCGCACCACUGAAACAAGACAGUACAUGGUCGACUUCGGCACUCGCGACACGACUCUUCACGAACUUAUUACCUAACCCCGUGUCUCAAUGGGCUUCGCGAUUGAACAGCAAUGGGGCCGCGAUAUGUAUGAUACCCUCAAGCGAGAGUGCCAGCAGUACGGCGUCUUCCAGCGGACUAGAAGAAAUAAAGCAAAUCCAGCAGUUGACGCCAAAGAUGUUGUUCAAUAGUGGUAUGCAGGUAAAGCCCGAUGUAAAGCGAGGGUUUGUGUCAAAGGAGCAGCAGCUGAAAAGAUUGCGACUGAGGAUGGAAGAUGAAUGGAAAAUUCGAUCAGGAUCAUGAGAUCGUUCAUGGGUACCGAUAGAGUGGGCUGUUGGAUCAAGUUGGUGAUCACGGACGUCUUUUUCCAACGUACUUGCUAACUUUGUUUCUGAUUCAUGGCACCAUCCAAUCCAGCAUACCCUCUAUACCACGGGCAAUCAUAUCCCAUUCAACACACUAUCUCCUCAUGUCUCUUCAAUGCCCCUUUUCGAUUCUUUUGCGAAUAUGGACUAGUAUUAUUAUUUCGCUUCCUUACCCACUUGUUGACAUUAUAAACCCCACCCCCCUUCGUGAUCCCAUUUCUUGUUGACUAUCGGUUCUUGCGUUCACAUAUACGUAGAGCUUGAUGCUCUCGUAUCACACCAGAUACUUCGUGCAUUUGCAUGUUGCUUGUAAUGUAUUUUUGGAUUCAAAUAC